UGAGCCGCGUUCUGCAGCGAGCUCAGAGCGCUGCCCCAGAGAGGCACCCUGAUUGACGGGGAUGCCUGCCUGAGCGUGAGCUGGGCCUGCCCCACAUGUGAGCCGGAGACCAGGCCCAGCAGAUCAUGGCUUUGCUGUGCUACAAUAAGGGCUGUGGGCAGCAGUUUGACUUGGAGAAGAACACCCAGGAUGCCUGCCUCCAUCACCCGGGGUUCCCCAUCUUUCACGAUGCCUUGAAGGGCUGGUCUUGCUGCAAGAAACGAACCACUGACUUCUCUGAAUUCCUCUCCAUAAAGGGCUGCACCCGAGGGUAUCACAGCAAUGAGAAGCCUCCAGAGCCCGGAGAGGCCUUGGGAGAGCCAAAGGUCAAGAUGAGCACUGAGAUCAUCGUCCAGGGCCCCAAGUCAGCAGAGAUGAUGGAGCGUGAGAGGCCCAGUUCUGAUGAGCCGAAGCAGCUGCUGCCAGUGAAGUUGUCCAGGUCUCUGGAGCAAGCCUUGGCGAAGCUGGAUUUAUCCUCCAAGGAGCAACUUCCAGUGCACGACUCUCCAGGCACCGGGGCCGUCCUGGAAGUGAGCGCCGGCACCACCUGUAAGAACUCCGGCUGCAAGGGGGUCUACCAGAGGGAAGAGAGCAACAUGGAGAUCUGUACCUUUCACCCAGGGGUGCCUGUGUUCCACGAGGGCAUGAAAUACUGGAGCUGCUGCGGAAUUAAAACGACAGACUUCACUGCGUUCCUGGAGCAGAAGGGCUGCAGCAAAGGGAAGCACACCUGGGUGAAGAAGCAGCAGCAAGACAAAAAACUGGUCUCUUGCCGGCAGGACUGGCACCAAACCAGCAGCCAAGUGGUGGUCACCAUCUAUGCUAAGAUCCCUCUGCCGGAUCUCAGCUCCGUGAAGGCCAACCAAACUGUGCUGGACAUCCAUGUCAUCUUUGAGGGAGACAAGAUUUUCCAAGCGGAGCUGGAUCUCUGGGGGGUCAUUGACGUGGAAAGGAGCUUUGUGAACAUGGUGCCCUCCAAGGUGGAAAUCACCCUGAAGAAGGCCGGCCCUGCCACCUGGGCCAGGCUGGAGCAUCCGCAGAGCCGAUCAGAGGCCCUGCGGCAGCAGCAGCAGCAGCAGCAGCUGGAGACCCAGGCCUCGGAAGGCCAGGAAGCCAAGGGAGCUCUUCAGGAGGAGUCCGACGAUGACUUGAGCUGGUCAGAGGAGGAAGAUGAGGAGUGGGAGGAAGGAGGGGAGAACGAAGCACUCCCCAGGCUUAUAUCUGGUGAAAACUGAAUCCCCCCGCCGCCCCCAGGAAUAGCCACCUGAGGCUUGGCAGCAGGAACUUGCUGGACAGUGUCCUGUUCUGAUAUCUGCUGCAGAUGAGAAGGGCAUCUGUGGGAACACCCAGAGGCAGACUCUACUCGCUGCCCUUUGGGGCUCCCAGGCUGGCGCAAUUUGGAAGCAGGUGAAAGGGCAUAGCCAGGGGAGUGGAACCUCCCGGCUGGCGCCUGGAAUAUCUAGCCACCCGUUUGGCUCUUCUUAGUGUGCAGCUGUUACUCUUUCUCAUUCAUGAAAUAAAAGAAACUUCUCCCAGUGUAAGAG